GUUGCCAAGAUGGCGCUGGCCGCUCGCCUCUGUUCCCGCUGGUUGGUCCCUAGGUCGCUACCCGGGGCGGCCAGCGGAACCUGGACUCCCCAUGCGGCCGAGGGGAGGCUGCCGUUGACCGGACUUUGCUGCUUCUGCUGCCGCCGCCUCGGCACGGGAGCGGCCCGGGCCUUGAUGGCCUCAGCCUUGCCUGCACGAGGUGCCCGGGCCCUGCUCAGCUUCCCUGGACUCCGAGCUACCCUCGCCUGUUUCCCUGCGCGUGGGGGUCGAAGCUACAGCACCGAGCCGCCGCCGCGCCCGAAAACCAAGAUGAUCAUUCUGGGUUUCUCCAACCCCAUCAACUGGGUUCGGACACGAAUUUAUUCCUUCCUUAUCUGGGCGUAUUUCGACCAAGAGUUCAGCAUCGCCGAGUUCUCGGAAGGGGCGAAGCAGGCUUUUGCUCAUGUAUCCAAGUUGCUGUCGCAAUGUAAAUUUGACCUACUGGAAGAACUUGUGGCCAAAGAGGUGCUGCAUGUGUUGAAAGAAAAAGUAUCUUCCCUACCUGAUAAUCAUAAAAGUGCCCUUGCUGCUGACAUAGAUGAAAUCGUAUAUACAUCAACAGGAGACAUCUCUAUUUACUAUGAUGAGAAAGGAAGGAAGUUUGUUAACAUCCUGAUGUGCUUUUGGUAUCUAACCAGUGCCAAUAUCCCCAACGAAACUAUAAGAGGAGCCAGUGUGUUCCAGGUUAAGUUGGGGGAUCAGAAUGUGGAGACUAAACAGCUUCUUAGUGCAAGCUACGAAUUUCAGAGGGAAUUUACACAAGGAGUAACGCCCAACUGGACUAUUGCACGGAUUGAACACUCAAAAUUAUUAGAAUAAUCUUUCUUGGAAAAAAAAUCAGCUAAUGGACUUUUUAGCAAUUGCUGUGAAAAACUGAGGAAGAAAAGUAUUUGGAUCAUUUGAUCUUCACUUAAUCAAGUCUGUGGAUUACUUUUAUAUUACUUUUGAAAUACCUACAGCAUAUUGACGUGAUACAAAGAAGCAUUUU